GUGGUGCAUUGUGGGAAACUCCUGAGCACUCCUCGGUAUCCGCAGCCACCGCCCGCUGUCAUCCCGUGAAUCGAAUGCGCAGCGAGAAGCUGGAGGCCCCAAAGAAGACGUAAGACCCAUAUAAUGCCCAGAGGUGAGCUGUCCUGAGACACUGUGGUCUAGCCACCUGCCAGUCACACAAGCCCCAAACCAGCUGCCAGCCAAAAUCGUCAUGGAGUCCCGAGGAAAGUCAGCCAGCAGCCCCAAGCCAGACACCAAGGUGCCUCAGGCCACAGCUGAGGCCAAGGCCACUCCAGCUGCUGAUGGGAAAGCUCCCUUGACCAAGCCUGUGAAGAAGGACGCCCAAGCAGAGAAGCAGGAGCAACCAGCAGCCCCUGGGCCAGCCACUACCAAGAAGACGCCAGCCAAGGCAGAUCCCGUACUUCUCAACAAUCACAGCAACCUGAAGCCAGCGCCCACGGUGCCGGCAGCCCCCAGCAGUCCUGAUACAACCUCAGAGCCCAAGGGUCCUGGGGAUGGGGCAGAGGAGGACGAGUCCAACACUGGAGGCCGAGGUCCCUGGCCUUGUGAGAACUUGACCCCUUUGCUGGUGGCUGGGGGUGUGGCCGUGGCCACCAUAGCCCUAAUUCUUGGUGUAGCCUUCCUAGCCCGGAAAAAAUGAUACCUGGUGUCCAGGUCAGGGCACAGAGCGCCACUUUCUGUACAGACCUGAAUAUAUAGUGCAUGCAAGGUCCUAGAUAUUUAUCUAUACAUAUACAUAGAACAACACACACACACACACACACACACACACACACACACACGUAUGCUACAUACAUCCAUGCAGCAGGAAAGAAAUAGACAGUGAGCCCACCUCCACUGACCCCAGCACACGCUCUCCCACGUUCUGGGGCAGGAGCCCAGCUCUGCCGUUUGCAGGAAGCACUAGUGUGGAGCAAAGGGGAGGAUAGCCUGAACUAGACAACUAGGAACAGAUGCUGGUUAUGGCCUCUGAAAGAUAAGUGGUGGAGUAGGCUGGCCCUGUGGGGACAUUAAAGGGCAUGACUGUUUUACUCUCCCCACUUGUCUUUUGAGGAGCCAGGAGCAGUCUGUCCGGGCCUGAUGCGUGGGGUGGGGGGGUGGACACUGACCUGAGGGUGGGAUUCAAAUCUGCAGGGCUACCUCUACCCACUGUCCCUGUCCUGGUUGGAUGGAAAAGCAAAGCUUGACAGCUCAAUUUGGGAUGGCGUUCCCACCUCUUCCUUUUUUUCAGUGUAUGCCCCAGGAGAGUUCCUGAGGCUAGGACCACCUUACUUCCUGCUCAGAGCUGCCAAUUGUUCCAGGGAGGGGGUAGUGCUGAAAGCCCGGUAGGAAACAUGGAGGAGCCGCAUUACAGUUCUGCCUGCCCAAUAUUCCCCAAUCCUGUCCUUCCUGCCUGCACCCAACGCCCCCUUAACAGCGUAUAAAUGCAAUAACACAGGUAGAGUAGAACUGCCCGGUGGGUGGCACUCACUCACUGCCUGCAGGAAGACCUGCUGUGCAGCCCCUCUUUAGUACAUCUGGCCCCAGCUUGCCCUUUGGUGUGACAGUGGGCACCUUCCAGACAACUGCAGUGGGCUCUAAGGAAACAUUGCCCUCACCUGGCCAGUGGUGGCAGGGACCUUGGGCCUGAGUGGAGGCUGAGUUGGAAAUAAACUGUUACAAUAUAAA